AUGAGGAGCACCGUCGCCCCCGUCGAUCCGUCGCUAUUCGGCCCUGCCACCUCCUUCGCCGCCGGCAGCGCGCUCAGUAUUCCUGCCCGAACCUUACCUCCCGUCAAAUCCGUCCGGAAAAGGCUCUCCAUAGCCUGUGCGGCUGCUUCUCCUUCAAAUUCUGCCUCUACAUUCGGGAGGCGAGGGCUGCUGUAUAUGGCGACGGCGUCAUUCCUCAUGACUUCCCCCAGCUUGUCCUCGCCUAUUAAUGAGAUUAUUCUGUUACAAGAUGAGAUUGGGAAGGUUUUGUCCAAAGGCAAGGCUGCCGGUUUACUUCGUCUAGUAUUUCAUGACGCCGGAACUUUUGAUGAGGGUGAUAAAACAGGUGGUAUGAAUGGUUCGAUAGUUUAUGAGCUUGACAGACCCGAAAACAUGGGUCUCGAGAAGUCACUGAAGGUACUUGCUAAAGCAAAAGCUCAAGUGGAAGCAGUACAACCAGUAUCCUGGGCGGAUUUGAUAGCCGUGGGUGGGGCCGAGGCUGUGUCCGUGUGUGGAGGUCCGAAGAUUCCUGUUCAACUGGGAAGAAUUGAUGCAACGGUGCCUGAUCCUGAUGGGAAGCUUCCAGAAGAAUCACUAAAUGCGGCUGCCAUGAAGCAAUGCUUUCUAAAGAAAGGCUUCUCAACCCAGGAACUUGUUGCUUUAUCUGGAGCUCAUACUCUUGGAAGCAAAGGUUUUGGAAACCCAGUUGUCUUCGACAAUUCUUACUAUAAGAUUCUUCUAGAGAAGCCAUGGUCUUCUUCAGGUGGGAUGUCUAGUAUGAUCGGCCUUCCUUCCGACCGUGCACUUGUUGAAGAUGAAGAAUGCAUCAGGUGGAUCUCAAAGUAUGCUAAUGAUCAGGAUCUUUUCUUCGAAGAUUUUAAGAACGUGUAUACUAAACUCGUGAACACUGGUGCAAAGUGGAGAACUACGUGA